AUGGUUCACAUCGAGGAGAGUCUACAGGUGCCUCGUGAUUUUGAAGGUUUCGGCGAGGAAGGCUUUGAUCCAAAGUGGCCCAAUGGCGCGAGGAUAGCAGUAUCUUUCGUAUUGAACUACGAGGAAGGCGGAGAGCGCUCAGUCCUCGAGGGCGACAAGAUCUCAGAACCCUAUUUGUGGGAGAAGGGUGCCUCCGGUGGUCACAAGGAAAAUGCCCGGUACCUGAAUGCCGAGCACGACUUUGAAUAUGGAAGCAGGUCGGCCUCGUGGAGGAUCAUGCGGCUCUUCAAAGAGUUUGGCUGGAACUUCACCACCUACGCAGUUGCGAUGGCACUCCAGAAGAACCCCAAAUUUGCCAAGGCCUUGAUUCGUGACGGCCACGAGGUGGCUGCCCAUGGUCUUCGAUGGAUUGACACGUGGGAUUACUCAUUGGAGGAGGAUAAGGAGUACAUCAAGAAGGCCAUUUUGCUUAUUAAGGAGGUGACUGGAGAGUUUCCUGUGGGAGCGUACUUUGGUCGAGGCACGCCGCAAACGCAUAUGCUAUUCCCUGAAGUCUGGAAGAGCGUGGGAGCCGAGUUCUUGUGGUCAUCCGAGUGCUACAAUGACGAUGUACCAUACUGGCUCGACCUGCCGCAGGAGAAGUCGCUGCCCGACAAUGAGAAGAAGGGAAUGCUCCUGAUCCCUUACAACUACGACUGUAAUGAUGGAAAGUUCCACAUGUCGCCCGGCUUUGGUAGCUCGGUGGCAGAAACGUACGAGCAGUACCUCAAGAACACUUUCGACUGUCUUUACAGAGAGGGAGGGAAGCUCAUGAACAUACCCCUUCACACGCGCAUUAUCGGCAAGCCUGGCCGGUCCGAGGCGCUUCGUAAGUUCAUGAAGUACGUUUCAGAAAAGGAGGGAGUGUGGGUUACGACCCGACGGGAGAUUGCGAAGCACAUGCACGAGAACUUUCCGUACAAGCCUAAUGGUGCCUGGGUUGAGGGAAAAUGA